UUGUACACUACAAGUGUCAAUGGAGACAAAACCACGAGCAACCCAAGAAAGAGCAACACUCAAGUACUCAACCGUCCUAAUUGGAAGGAAGGGCAAUGCAUGGUGCGACAAAGAAAUGGAAAUCCAAACCCUAAUCUACAACAAAUGGACAGCCACAGUCGCCAGCAUAUGGAUCCAAUGCACCAGUGGUUCUCUCUACACCUUCGGAAUCUACUCCUCAGCCCUCAAAUCCACCCAAAACUACGAUCAAUCCACUCUCGACACUAUCUCCGUCUUCAAGGAUUUCGGCGCCAACACCGGACUCCUCUCCGGCCUCCUCUACUCCGCCGCCGCAUCGACGCCGUCAGCCUCCACCGGCCGCGGUGAAAGCCGGCCGUGGAUCGUUCUCGCCGCGGGAGCGAUCCAGUGCUUCGCGGGGUACUUCCUGAUGUGGCUUACGGUCACCGGAGUCCUUCCUCGGCCGCCCGUGCUGGUGAUGUGCCUCUACAUCCUUCUCGCGGCUCAUGCUCAGACUUUCUUCAACACUGCGAAUGUGGUCACUGCUGUUCACAACUUUCCUAAUUAUAGUGGGACUAUUGUUGGCAUCAUGAAGGGUUUUCUUGGUUUGAGUGGAGCAAUAUUAAUUCAAAUUUAUGGGACAAUAUUCAAGAACAAACCUACGUCGUAUCUGUUGAUGUUGGCACUGUUGCCCACUGUCAACCCUCUGUUGCUAAUGUGUUUUGUAAGAAUCUAUAACACGAAUGAAGAAGACGAGAAGAAGUACCUAAAUGGUUUCUCAUUGGUUGCCCUGAUUAUCGCUGCUUAUCUCAUGGUCAUUAUAAUUUUAGAGAACGCCCUCAUGUUGCAAUGGUCAGUUCGUAUUUUUAAAUUUGUUGUACUUAUUCUUUUGCUAUUGUCACCUCUUUGCAUCACAAUCAAAGCCAUGCAGAGGGAAUAUUGUACAAUUUCAAGGAUCUCCUUUAUUGAGGAUGACCAAGUGAUAGAUGAUCCCAACCGGUUGGACGCAGAGAAGACAUACCCUAGACAAGAUCCUAGUGGUUAUCAUCAGCUGCCCGGUGGUGCUGAUCAAGAGACAGAUAUUAACAACGAGACUUUGCAGCAGGGAGAAAACCUGAAUCUGUUGCAAGCUAUUCGCACUUGUAACUUCUGGUUUUUGUUUGUUGCCACAGCUUGUGGUAUGGGCUCAGGACUCGCCACAGUGAAUAACAUCAGCCAGAUAGGAGGAUCUCUUGGUUACAUGGACUUUGAGACAAGUACUUUGGUUUCACUGUGGAGUAUUUGGAAUUUUCUUGGUCGUUUUGGAGCUGGCUAUGUAUCAGAUUACUUCUUGCAUAUGUAUCAAUGGGCAAGGCCGGUGUUCAUGGUCAUUACUCUUGCAACAAUGAGCAUUGGUUAUGUUGUGAUUGCUUCUGGUUUGCCAGGUGCCCUAUAUAUUGGUUCAAUUCUGGUGGGUGUUUGUUAUGGUUCGCAAUGGUCAUUAAUGCCAACAAUCGUUUCUGAGGUAUUCGGUGUAUUGCAUAUGGGGACAAUAUUCAACACCAUUACCAUUGCAAGUCCUGUUGGAUCUUAUAUUCUCUCUGUGAGGGUGGUUGGGUAUAUUUACGACAAAGAAGCAUCGAAGGAGGGGAACGUAUGCACUGGAACUCACUGCUUUAUGUUGUCCUUCCUAAUCAUGGCAUGUGCUACUCUUUUUGGAUCUCUUACUGCAUUGAUGUUGUUCUUUCGCACAAAAAGAUUCUAUAAAGAGGUCGUGUUCAGAAGGCUACAACAUCAUAUCAGGGAGUGAGAGAAUUGGCGCCACUUACAAAAGAGAAGGAAAAAAAAAAAAGGUACUGGGCAUUACAGCUGUUCGGGGUUAAGAUCAUUAUUCAUUUGAGAAUGCUUUCUAUACUUCAUGCGGUGAAUGACUCUUUAUUUGGGUGAGCUAGUAGUUACUCCUGCAAGCCGAAUCUGGUACAAACAUUCAAGAGUUAGAAGGCAACUUGUCGGUUAGCUUAUAUAUGCUGGUGCGGGGUGCCUGAUUGGAGACUCUGUAAAUAGGUACUCUCCUGCCUUGAAGUGAAACUAGUUGGAGACAAAAGCACAUCUUCGUAGAUUUGUAAAUUGUACCAUUAGAUUACACUCUUUUUUAGCUGUCUUAUUUUUUCAAGUUGAAAAUGUAGACGUCAAUAAGGUAGCUGGAUCGGUAGUUAUCCAUAAACUGUAAAUAUAUAUAUAUAAAUAUAUAUAUAUAUAGAGAGAGAGAGAGAGAGACCUAUGUAGCCUAUAUUCAUGUUGAAAGCUGCAAGAGAAUGACAUGCUGUAUUUUCUUUUCUUUUUUCUGGAUUGAUUAAUUUUAUUUAUAAGAUAAUGACACUUCGGUUGCAAA